AUGGGGAUGUCAGAGAAGGAAGGAGGGAGUACAAGACCAAGGCAACAAAUGGAAAGCUUUGUUGACACUAUAAAUUGGUGUGGUUUAAGGGAUAUUGGUUUUAUUGGACCUAAGUUUACUUGGUUGUAUAAGAGUAGGGAUGGCCUUCAAAUCCGGGAAAGGUUAGAUAGAGCUCUAGCUACUGUUGAGUGGGUUAAUUUGUUCCCCAUGGCUCGUCUUUAUCAUCUUACAUCAGCAGCUUCAGAUCAUUCACCCUUGGCUUUACAUUUUGUUCAGAGAAUUAGGGAAAGAAGAAGAAAGCGUUUGUUUAGAUUUGAGUCGAUGUGGUUGAAGGAUCCAAAGUGUGAAGAGGUGGUUCUUGAAGCUUGGGAGGAAGGGUUGGCGGUGUCAUCUGGUUUUCCUUUGACUUUGUACUUAGAAAGGUGCAAAUUGCGCCUAGAAGCAUGGAAUAAAGGUGAGUUUGGCCAUGUUGGGAGGAAGAUAGCAGAGUUACAGAAGCACUUAGAAUGGUUAGAGUUACAGCUGGUUUCUCCAAGCAUUAUAGGGGAGAUGAGGAAGACAAGGAUUGAAUUAAAUUGUUGCCAUGAAAAAGAAGAUGCUAUGUGGAAUACUAGCUAUUUUCAUGCAAAAGCAUCUGCAAGGCAAAAGAAGAAUUAUAUGGAGGGCUUAAUGGAUGAUAAUGGGCAGUGGCAUACUGAGGAAGAUAAGAUGGGAGAGUUAGUUGUGCAGCCAAAGGUGACCACAGAGAUGAAUCACAGGUUGACAAUGGAUUUUUCUGGUGAGGAAGUUUGGAUGGCAUUGAAACAGAUGUAUCCUCUCAAGGAUCCAGGUCCUGAUGGGAUGCCUCCUUAUUCUAUCAGCAUUUCUAGUAGAACAUAG